AGAAAACAAAAUAAAUGGCUGGUUGGAGUUUGUAUGGAAGAGUGUCUCUUUCCGUGGACUAGCAGGGUAAUUGGUUCACAGACAAUAUAUAGUUAGUUGGGAUGAGUCGAUCUUUGUCGUGGGAAGCUCUGUCAUGGCUGCAACAACCACAAUUCGCUCCAAUCCCUCUUCGGUUUUUCAGGCCUCAAAUCUGCUUAAACAAAGGUACUUGAAAGCCACAUCAUUUGCUCAUACUUUUUCUCCUUCAAGGUCAUUACUUUCUACCGGAUUUGUUCCAAGGAAACUUGUUUUCGAAAGAAGGCACUUGUGGGUAUCGGAAACCAUGAGAACUUCUGCUUCCAGAGAUGGAGAAGGCGACGAAAACAUCCAAGUGUUGGAACAAGAAGCUUUCAUCAAUGGGUCGUCCCAGUUUCUCUCCAAUUUCUUGUCCCAUGAGUUGGAAUACAAGCUCAAUCGACUGAGCAAGUGGAUAGUAACCACCCUCUUUGGUGUUUUCAUUGUUGCGAGACAUGAUGCAGAAGCCUUAUGGUUUGCAGCAGGGUCUAUUUUGAAUGCUUUGCUUUCUGUUUGGCUCAAACGUAUACUGAAUCAGGAACGACCUUCAACCCUGAAAUCUGACCCUGGGAUGCCAUCUUCACAUUCACAGUCCAUAUUCUUUACUGUCUUCUUUGUUAUUUUGUCAAGCAUAGAAUGGCUUGGGCUAAAUGGAUUCACCAUUGCUAUCAGUGGACUGGUCCUGACGUUUGGUUCUUUUUUUUCGUACCUGAGGGUGUCGCAACAGCUUCAUACAGUGAGCCAAGUGGGUGUUGGGGCUGUUAUUGGGUCCAUUUUCUGUUUUUUAUGGUAUUGGCUAUGGAAGGGUUUGAUGCUGGAUGCGUUUGUAUCAUAUCUGUGGGUUAGAGUCGUUGUUAUUUUGGGCUCUGCCGGAAUUUGCUUAGGUUUUGUUUUAUUUGCGAUCCGUUAUUGGCUUCAAGACGACUAGAACUUUAAGACGUGUACAACAUUGCAAUAUGUUUUAACGGCUAAUGACACAUAUCAUUUUGUUUCUUUCAAUAUUCAAGGCUUGCCUUGUUAUCAAAUAAAACUUGUUUAGGACAAAUGGAC